CUCGAAGUGUUUUUUAUAAAGUCUGGAAGUUUGGCAGCUUUGAGGUGUUACGUAUUAAGAUUUUGCUAAUUAAAGUGCCUUGUCAAGUGUUUAAUUUUGUUAAUAAGCUUCGCUACCUUAUGCAAAAUCAUUUGAAGCAAUAAAAAUGUGAUAAUUUCUAAGUUUUGAUGAGAAAAUUUCGGAAAUCUAAAAGUGGCAAAGAAAAAUUUUAUAUUUUGUCUCAAAUUGAAUUUGAUAAGAAGAAAAGUAAAGAAAAAAUUGAUGAUGUUAAUCCUACGCCGCUCUUCGUUUAUUGAUUCAAAUAAUUAGUGUUGUGUUUUGUUAGUUAAAGGAAUUUUAUUUAUGUUGCGUCUUAUUUAAGAAAACUAAGUGUCAACAUGUCACUCAAUAAAGAUUUAUUGCUUGCAUUUGAGCAACGAAACUUUGGAAAAUUCCAAGAACUUCUGCAAGUGUAUCUCGCUGAUCCAAAUUAUUACAUUAAAGAAGAAGAACAAACGAUAUUUGAGACCAUCUUAAGUUCACCAAAUUCAGAAAAUUAUAUUAAAUUAUGCAUUGAAAAUGGAGGAGAUUUUUAUCAGAAGAACAGCAACGAUUAUUAUCCAUUACAUCGCGUCAUAGAAUCGCAUUGUCUUGAAAACCUCAAACAAGUUGAAAUUUUAUUUGAUGAUCUUAACUCAGACAUGGAUGAUGACACCUACAAGCGAUAUUCGCCUUAUGUCAAUGUUAAUAUGACUCACGGGCAAAAUUCUCUCCACAUUCUUGCUGAAGCUCUCACGAAUGAUAAUUAUCAAACGAUAUUUGAGAUGAUGAAGAUUCUCAUUUCACAUGGUUGCAACGUUAAUUAUCCGAAUUAUGAUGGGAAAACCGCUUUUCACAUUUUAUUAGAGAAAUUGCAACAAUUAAAAACACAACCACGUAAAGAAAUUUUGGAGUAUUUUCUCAAAUAUGCGGACGUUGACUUUUACUCUCACAAAAGUGACGAAAUUAUUGAGAUGGUCAUGAAUCAGAAGUUGAAAUAUGAGUUACCAGCUCGACAAGACAUAAAAGCUGAUUACGAAACUAUGACAAAUCUUUUGAACACAAAUCAGAUUAACACAUUUGAAACUUUGUUUCCACUUUUUAAAUCGUCAUGUGAAGAUUCGGAAAUUUACGCUGAUCGAUGUGCAUCUUUCAUGCAAAUUGCAGUUCAGAAGUCGUUAAUCAACAUUGUAGAUCUUUUAAUAGAUUACAGCAUUGAUGUCAAUAAAACACCAAAGAACUGUGAAGAUAAAACUCCGCCAGUUUUUAAAGCAUUUUCUAAUGCAAAUCCUGCAAUUUUGAGAGUUUUCUUCUUACAUCCAAAGAUAAGAUUCACGUACGACAAUGAAGGCGAAAGAAAAACUUUACUUCAUCAAUAUUUUGACUCGUUCAAAGGACAUUCAUAUGCGACAUUUCGACGUAAUGAAUCAGCAAGAGAAAUGACAAGAGAUCAGAAAAAAUGUUUCGAUUUGUUAAUGGACCAUCCAAAGUGUAAUCGUCAUUUAAUAAAUGCUUAUGACGAAGCCGGAUUGCCGGCAAUUUAUUAUUCAGUUCGGUAUAAAAAUGAUUACAUCACGAUUGCGUUACUUAAACGUGGUGCAUACGUUGGAACGGUCAUCAAUGGAAUAAGAAAAAGUGUUCUUGAAGAAUUUUUAGACAGCACAAUCACCACAAAUGACCGAUUCAGUGACGAUGAAGACUUGGAAAUCAAAAUUGAUUACAGCUUCUUAACGCCGCCCUUCAAGGAACCUUCUUCAAAGAAACGUUCAAAGAAACCAAAGAGUAAAGAGACUUCAAUUGCAAUUUCCAAUGAUUCGAAUCCCAAUGAAAAAUUGAAAAUGAUUCCAAGUGUUGAGAAGGAAGAAAUUUAUUUGGAAGAAAUGAAACCAUUGAAGAAAAUCGCUGAAAGUUCAGAACUUCAAAAAUUCAUCGUUCAUCCAACAAUCGCUAGUUUCAUUCUGCUUAAGUGGUACAAGUUGAGCUUCUUAAUUUACACUAAUCUGAUCUUAAUUCUGCUUUUUAUGAUGGCUUUCAUACCAUUCAGUGUCAUUUGUCAAACUUAUCCGGUACAUACUGAAGUCACUUACAUCGCUUAUCUAGUCUUUCAAGUGUUAAGUUUGAUAAGUCUUUGUACACUCUUAGUCAGAGAAACAUGUCAAGCACUUCUGUCUUUACGACAAUAUGUUUCAAAUGUCUCCAACUGGAUCGACAUUUUGCUUGUCGCGUCAGCCUUGACUGUUCUCAUUUUUGAAAGUCAAAUUCCGCAUCAUCUAUCUCGUGUUCUCAGGACAAUUGUUAUACUUUUAGCAGCUGCCGAAUAUUUUAAUCUUCUUGGAAUGGUUCCGAUGCUUAAAGUUUCUAUUUACACGAAAAUGUAUUUAAGAGUAAUGAACACAUUCAUCAAGUCAUUAGCAUUUUAUUCCAUGAUGCUUCUUGCUUUUGCAUUCAGCUUUUUCACUCUUAUGGGUGAUAAGUUUGCUAAAGAUAUUAUGAAGCUUAACAGAGAAGGUCCUGACACGACGACAAAUGAUAUUCCAGUCACAAAUGCUACACGUAAUGAGAGAUAUAAUAAUUUUUACACUGUCGGCUCUUCAAUCAUUAAAAGCUUUGUAAUGUUGACUGGGGAAUUGGAGACAAGCUAUAUCCACACCGAAGGAUGGACAUAUGCAAUACUUUUCCUACUUUUCCUUUUUCUAGUCACAAUUGUAUUGAAUAAUUUACUCAAUGCACUUGCUGUGAGUGACACUCAAGAAAUUAAACGUGAUGCAAAAUUAAUAGAUCUGAAUCAAAGAAUUGAGGCAAUGUGUGACAAUGAAGCAGCUAUUUUUAAGAAAAAUUCAAGGAUGGGAAAUUGGCUGAAGAUGGUAAUCAGCAUGUUUCCCAAGACAUUACCUGAUGGAUGCAUAAUAAUCAAACCUAACCGAAGUUACCGCAUUUAUGUCAAGCAGAGUGAGCAAAUUUUACUCAAUGAUUGGCUUCAAACAAAUAUUAAAUUAUUCAAACCCGAUGUCAAAUUCAAUGCAGAUAUCAUGAAAGAAAUUCAAAAGCUUUUGACGACGAAACGCGAAGAGAAAACGAUUAUGGCAAUUCGAAUGCUCAAGGAGAAUCGAAACGAAAAGCUUGCCAACGACAUAAUUAAAAUUAGCGAAAUGUUAAAUGACAUUCAAAAAAAUGUGACAAAGUUGCAAGCUGACGUUUAUAAUCUUAGAAAGCGAUCUAAUUUAUAAUCUAAAUAUUCUAAUAUAUCUAGCAGGUGAUGGUACUUAGAAAUAUUCAAUAAACGAAUUAUUUUUGCUGAAAUAUUUGCACA